AUGGCCAGUGAUAACAUAGGUUAUAUAUUGUUGCCUCGUAAUAACCAUCUGUUGAUCCAUGUUUGUACAGGUCAGGGCCGCGUGAACCAGCUGGGCGGCGUGUUCAUCAAUGGUCGCCCUCUACCCAACCACAUUCGCCUCAAGAUCGUAGAGAUGGCGGCGGCGGGCGUGCGUCCGUGCGUCAUCUCCCGCCAGCUGCGCGUCUCCCACGGCUGUGUCUCCAAGAUCCUCAACCGCUACCAGGAGACCGGCUCUAUCAGGCCAGGCGUCAUCGGCGGCUCCAAGCCUAAGGUGACCACCCCAGACGUCGAGAAAAGAAUUGAUGACUAUAAGAAAGAGAAUCCUGGUGUGUUCUCCUGGGAGAUCAGAGAUAGACUGGUCAAGGAGGGCGUAGUGGACAAGGCAUCAGCGCCCUCCGUCAGCUCCAUCAGUAGGAUCCUGAGGGGCGGGAAGAGGGACGACGACCCAAGGAAGGACCACAGCAUCGACGGUAUCUUGGAUGGUGACCGGCAGAUGUUGGUCUUACCUGCAGGCGGUGGAGGAGGCAGCAUCUCUGACAGCGACACGGAAAGCGAGCCGGGCAUCCCCAUCAAGCGUAAACAGAGACGCUCCAGAACGACCUUCACUGCCGAGCAGCUGGAGGAACUUGAGAGGGCCUUUGAGAGAACACAAUACCCAGAUGUGUAUACCAGGGAGGAGCUGGCACAGAGGACCAAGCUGACGGAGGCCAGAGUGCAGGUGAGUCUCCUCCUGUACUGUUGUGAGAGAAACAAACGGACUAUGGACAGAGUGUGGUUCAGCAACAGACGGGCUCGCUGGCGUAAACAGAUGACAGGUCAGGGUAUGGGCGUGACGGCCCUCAACGCCCUGGCCAUGACCACCUCUACCUACCCUGCCGCCCUCCCGCCCACUCUCCAUCCAGCACCCAACGCCGCAGUCGCCCACUCCCACGCGGCGGCCGCCACCACCACCGCCUCCACUACCAUGGGUGCUGCCCCCCACCACUACACCGCCCACGAUCACGCCCACGCAGCCGCCCAUCAAGCCCACGGUGAGUUAGACAUCAGAUCUGUCAGGAGACGUCAACGUGGUAUGAACCAGUGCAGGAACAACAGCCUCCAGACCCCUUCUGAUGUCCAUCGUUCUCUCUUCACCUCCGGCACCCACGGGUCUCUACUGCAGGGAGGUUCAGGGUCAGGUAAUGGCGGCCUCCUGGGUGGCCACGGGACCUCUGCUACAGACUACUCGGCCUCCAACACACUGGCGGCCUCUGGGGGACAUCAUAGCGAGGCGGCCGCCUGGACCCCCGGCCUCCACGCUAAGACCAGUGAGGCAUGGGGCGCCCAUCACCACGCCCACCAUCACAUACCUUACGACAACUACAGCACUAUGAUGAGCGGUGGGGAGAUGUUGAUGAGUGGCCAGCACUUCCCCGUGGACACCAUGAAGACUGCGGCUGCGGCCUUCCACUACCCUACACAGUAUACCGCGGCCGCCGCAGCUGCCAACUUCAACCAGCAGCUGCGGCACCACAAGGGGGCUCCUUUAUCCCUUUUCUAGCCUUAGUAGAAGACAGUCUUGACCUGGACUGUGGAGAGUGCAAGUCGUGUGUGAGAGCGGAAGAAUGAUUCAAUCACUCUUAGCUACUCCAGUGUUUACCAACAUACUCGUGCGUUUAGCAACAUACUCGUGCGUUUACCAACAUACUAGUGCGUUUAGCAACAUAUUCGCACACAAAUUCUUAUAUUUCCCAGCUUGUAACUGGGACAAGCUGUAUUAAGUAUUCUAGAUCAAUAAGAACUUUUGUAAAGGCUUCAUGAACUCAAGCACCCACUACUGCCCCCACCGCCCCAAGGAAAAAAAAUCAGAAAACAAGUUUACUUUUCCAUCUGUACCUGCCGGCGACCGUCCCUACCUGCCGGCGACCGUCCCUACCUGCCGGCGACCGUCCCUACCUGCCGGCGACCGUCCCUACCUGCCGGAGACCGUCCCUACCUGCCGGAGACCGUCCCUACCUGCCGGCGACCGUCCCUACCUGCCGGCGACCGUCCCUGCAGCAGUAGAGAACACAAUGAUAUAAACAAAUAGUGUCUCUUAUUCCAUCUUGUUCUAUAGAUAUAUCAUAACAAGGUCACCAUGAGAGACCCUUAACCUGUGUUGUGACGAGCCGGAGGACCUGACCACCUUCUGUUAAGGUAUCGCAGAAGACUAACCUUUGUGAGUGAUGUUAUAAAGUGGAAAUUUGCAUAUUCUGAAAAAUACAAAUAUUGGUAGAAAUAUCAGUAAAAGAAUAAUUUAAAGUACAGUAAUGCUUAUCUUUACGUGACGACAUCAUCAUAAAUUGCUGCCUUGCAUACACGUGUUAGAAACCUUGUGAUGGAACUGGUUGAGAGAUAUUAGUGCCUUGUGAUAAGAAGAAAUACUGUGUGUGUGUGUUAGAUAACUUAGCACACUGGCCUUUGCGGCUUAUAAAGGAAAAAGUAUAUCGCGAAAACGCUCUUUCUUUAUUGUCAAAGACCAAGUGUUAUCAAUAGCUAAUAAGACGCUUCCUUGUACUGUGAAUAACCAAUGAAAACUUGACGUCCAUUUGUGCCUGAAGUCAACAUCCAAUGAAAAUAUUUCAUACGUUGUCACUGACCAAUAAAGACUAACUUGAUAUCAAAUCAAUAAAAUUGGAUAUAUUUUUGCCAUUACUGUCAUGCUUAUCAUCAUUCUGACAUCCUUAUCAUUCUUGUUCUCUUAAAGGUGUUGUUAUGUCCAAGUAUUUGCUAAUGUUACACAGUAUUUUAGGUAUUGUAUUUUUAUUUGAAUUGUUAGUUUAGGUUAUGGUAAGAUGAACAGUGUAAGUUAAAUGGGUCAACCUUUGUGUCUAUCUGCAGUCUGAACCUUUGUACAAUGAUCACUUAAAAAUGUUAACCUUUGUACAGAGUUUGGCAUAAAAUGUGAACCUUGGUAUAGAGUUUAGCACAAAAUGUGAACUUUGUACAGAGUUUAGCGUAAAAUAUAUGAACCUUUGUACAACGACUAAUUGAUAUGUGAACCUCUGUACAGUGUUCACUUAAAAUGUGAACCUUUGUACAGGGUUUAGCGUAAAAAAUGUGAACUUUUUUACGAAGAUGAGGUUUAAAUGCAAUUAUUGCCAUAGUGGUGAGUAAAAGAAGCAUAUGCCUGUACUAUAGACCAGCGUCAACACAAGCGACCAGCGGCUUCUGGCGUUCACCUCCGUCCCAUUAAUGACACGCUUCUCGACGCUACGCCAGACGAACGUUUCCCUCGCCUUCUGCAGCUAUUGGCGUUAUUUUGAGGUGAGGUAUAAGAGUUGAAUGUUGUAGAGUAAAAUGGAUCCCAACACCAAAUUAAACCCAAGAGUGUCUACCGUAUCUUACUCUUACUUAACUGUCUAAGCAAAAAUUAGCUGUCAGACUCAUUACGCUAACUCGUCAAAACUUAGCUGUCUAUUUGAGUCUGUUUUAACUCCCCCAAACGCUACCGAUAUAGAUGUUGAAGAUCGUAUAUAACAUAUUGGUGUAUGCUAGGAACAGCGACACCUGAUUAAUAAAAUUACUUCAUAAAAAUAAUUGUACACCGCUCCAUUGCCCUCUUCCCUUGGGUGCCGAGCGAAUAAUACUGCUUCCCAAGGAGGUAAACUCAACUGUUACCUUAAUUGUUUAUUUUUCUUGCUUGUCCGUCCGAUUUCUCAGCCACUUUGUGAAUGAGGAAGUGUAGUACAGAUGUGUCUUGUGUACUGAGGAACAUAAUGAGAGGCUGUUAGAGACAUUGAGAAGCAGUGAGAGACAAUGAAAAACAGUGAGAGACAAUAAGAAGCAGUGAGAGACAGUAAGAGGUAAUGAGAGGCAGCGAGAGAUAGUGAGAGACAAUGAGAAGCAGUGAGAGACAAUGAGCAGUGAGACAGGUAUGGCAGAAACUAUCUUUAAUUAUAAAUCACCUUGUCUUAGGUUAAGUCUGUACAUAAGAUAGAUGCGUGAAGUAUACUUAUAUAUUUGUAAAUCAUAUCUAAUAUUUAUGCUGGUAGUGUAGUACUCUCUCUCUCUCUUUCUCUCUCUCUCUCUCUCUCUUGUAUUAAAC